AUGGUCGGUGGUGACCGAAGACGACCGAAUUUCACCAUCGUGUAGUCACACAAAAAAAAUUGGUACCAUUGGUGAAAAGUUCUUGCCAAUAUAGAUGUAUACAUGUAUACCCAUACUGUAGUAUGUGAAACCCAUAAAACAAAGUGUGAUUAAACCCGGAUCGACUUUUCCCGAGUUAUUUCAUCUUAUUCUGAAGGCUCAUUUUGACGAGGUGAAGCAGCGGAGUUGGCAGUGUUGCUGUUAGAUCAUUUUCACAGCUAAGCUACUGUUGCGUCAAUAUAUUUGAACUCAAAUACAAAAAAAUGGCUGGAGAACAGCAACAGUUUUUCCUUAAAUGGAACGACUUCCAAUCUAACAUGGUAUCGUCAUUCAAACACCUCAGGGAUGAAAAAAGCUUUACGGACGUCACCCUUGCGUGUGAAGGUCAAACUUGCAAAGCGCAUAAAAUGGUCCUCUCGGCGUGCAGCCCUUACUUCAAAUCACUGCUAGAGGAAAACCCAUCAAAGCAUCCGAUAAUAAUUCUUAAGGAUGUAGCAUACAGCCACCUUCAGGCUAUCCUAGAGUUCAUGUAUGCAGGUGAAGUAAACGUAUCGCAGGACCAACUGCCGGCGUUUCUGAAAACUGCUGACAGACUAAAAGUCAAAGGCUUAGCCGAAGCUCCUGGCGCCAUCAAAAGAGAAGGUUAAAUCUCUUCGAAUUAGUCACAGUGUUUUUCGGAAGCAUGCGGACUGAAAAAAUUGUAAUGUUACAAAGUGAUUCGUAAGCACAUACACAAGCAUUAUUGAAGUGUGUCUGGUUCAUGACUAGAAUCAACUUUACUUGUAUAUUGAAGUUUAUUCAUAUUUCUGUUUUCCUUAUUUUUAAUUGCAUUUACCUAGACAAUUAAUUAUGGAGUACAAGUGAAAUCGAUGAAAGUUGUUCCGCCCUGAACCAGUGUGCUGCAGACUACCAAACUGAUUAUUUUUUUAAAAUCGGAGUGCUACAGAGAUACAAAGAAAACACAAAUAAUACUUAAAUAACAGAGAAAAAAUAUUAAAAGAGAAUAACAAAUCACGAUAGUUUAAUAUAUUGUUGUCUGCGGCUAUUUUGCAGAUUAAUUGAAAGAUUAAUUUUUUUUCUAAGAUUAUCUCACCAUGUGUCGAAAUAAUUUAUUUUCUGCUCUUGUCAUCUGCAUUCUUACCGCCUCUUCAGCAUAAAUUAAAUUCUUCUUGUUCAAUGAAUACUUUACUCACAAAUUCCACUAUGAACUACUAAAUUCGAUAUAAAAUUACCGAAUCCAAUUAGGGAAUCUUUUUAUACUAAUCUUCUAAUAACAAGUUCAAUAAGAUAACCGGUGACGGUUACAAUACCGUUCCUUUUAAAAGUAUCUUCGACCUUUUUUGCUGUUAGUAUCAGAAUUUAUCAUACCUCAAUAUGAUAGCAAUCCGCGAAUAUGGAAUGAGAUUACUAUCAAUAAAUUUGCAAAAAAGCCGAACUGUGUAUAACGCUAAGCUUACCAUGGGAAACAACAUUACUUCUGAUACUGGUCCACUUUUUGUAGCGGAUUGUUCACAGUGUGUUCCGUCAACACGGAGGUGGAAAACAAGGGCAGUCAAACGUGGCUCUUGUGACCUUGAGUGAUUCAUCUCAUGGCUUGGCUACACUAUCGUUUUUACUAAAUUCAAUUGAGAAGGUGUGAAACACCUACGUCAAACAAACCAUACAUUUAAGUAAACGAUGGUGAAGAAUCUGCCUCAUAUUAACGCUGCUUUGUUCAUAAACGAAUUAAUAAUAUACCUUGAGUAUAACCCUUUAGUUUUAGACGAAAUGGCAGGUGAAUCUGUACCGCAAUAGUUUGGCUGCCCCUGAAUUGAACUAACAAUAAGCGAAGAAAGUGGCAGUGUCACUACUCUUGCUAACCUUGGUAAUCCACUCAACCAAAUGCCGCCAGUAUUCUUGUGACGUUUUUCACACUAUUACUGGUAGACACCAAACUUAUUUAUGAUAAUAAUAUAUUGUAGAAUGGUUAUUUCCAAGAACU